GAGUGAGAACAGUCAGUCAGUCCGCGCGCGUGUGUGUGAUAGGUAGCUGCGCACAUCCUUCCCGACCCUGUCCUGUAACGUUAACCGAGAGCACGAUCAUUUUGUAACCAGUCCAGCAUCGACGGUGUAAACAUCAAGGGCGAAUCAGAGGAGACAGGGGUACCAGCAACUAGAUUUAAGUAGCGAUGGUGAUGAAAUGUUCCCCAGACUCGUUUCUCUCUUCGUGCAGCACUAUGUCUUGUUCAUAUCAAGAGACCAUAACGGAUUGUAUAAGGCAGAGGUGUUCCAGUCCUUCUGGGCUGCUGGUGGUUUGAUAAUUGUUUUGGCAUCUUUAAUAAACCCAAGAUGAGAAGCAUGAAGUAUAAAGCAGCGACUGUCAAGCUGAGCUGCUGUGACCUGCCACCGAUGUGUCGUGUGCGGUUACUGCUGCUGUUUCUGUGCGUGCUCGUGGCCAUGACAUUAACUGUGGCGUUAACGUUAACUGACCAGCCAACGACAGAUUUGGACUUACCACCAAGACCCCCAGACCUAUUCAAAGACAAACUCAAUCACCAGCCAGGUCGGCCCACUGUGGCUCAGGUGAAGCGACUCGUGUCUCAGGUAAGCUGGGGAAGACUUAGGUAUUCUCAUCUGAAACCCAUUCUUCAUGAUCGACAACCAGGGAGUCGUGGGAGCCGGGCUGCUCGAAAACACAUCUUUUCUAAGCUGGACGUGCUGUCUGCGGGCUGGUCUGUAGAUGUCGACUCCUUUAUCUCUGUGACACCUCAUGGCCCCGUCAGUUUCUCAAAUGUUCUGGCCGUGUUAGACCCCAGAGCUCCUCGCAGAUUGCUUUUGGCUUGUCACUAUGACUCCAAGUCCAUACCUAAAGAUCCCAAUGACCCACAGAAGGUGUUUGUGGGCGCUAGUGAUUCAGCUGUCCCCUGUGCUAUGAUGCUGGAGCUGGUCACUGCUUUGGACCCACAUCUAAAAAAACACAAGCAGAUGAUGUCUAGAGUGACCCUGCAGUUGGUCUUUUUUGAUGGAGAAGAAGCUUUUGAGGAUGGGACUCCAACAGACUCGCUAUAUGGUUCAAGGCAUCUCGCAGACCAGAUGUCCCGCAUACCCCACCCUCCAGGUUCUGAACACACUACACUGCUGAAUGCUGUGGAUCUUUUUGUGCUUUUAGACCUUAUUGGUGCCCCAGAUCCCAUGUUUGUGAAUCACUUUGAGAACACGGCUCGCUGGUUUGACCGCCUCAUCGCUGCAGAGAAGAGACUUCACAAUCUGGACCUGUUGUCGUCCCAUCCCAAUGAGCAGAGCUAUUUCAGAAAGGAUGUGAACAUGGGGCUGGUUGAAGAUGAUCACGUACCUUUCCUUCAGAGAGGAGUUCCAGUACUGCACAUGAUCGCUACACCUUUCCCAUCCUUCAUGCACACAAUGGAAGACACAGCAGACAAAAUUAACAGUCACACUGUGGAGAAUCUUACCAAAAUCCUUGUGGUCUUUCUGGCAGAAUAUCUGCGGCUCUAGGAUGCUAUAACAUUACAACCGUCCACAUGGAUGAGCUUAAGUCAGCUUUUGUUAGUCAAUCAGUAUUGUGCCUUCAGGGUAGUUUUAUUGUCUUUAUUGCACUGUACUAUUAUUAUCCGUGCCAAAAAGAAGUUUACAUAGGUAUGUUCUUCUAUUCAGUUUAACUGUGCAUUCAAAUCAAUGGAAUGUAAUGUAGAUAUUUAGUGCACAGGACUGGAUGUAAAACCUGAUGCUAUAUAAAGCAUUAUAACACUAUGCACAUUAAAUGAAGUUCUAUAAUCAUUCAACAAUUAUGACAUAGUUCUAUAUUAAUCUUGCAAUGGUUUUCUCUUAAGGUCUAUGGCAAUCUGUAAUGUUUAGUAGCUAAAUGUUAAACCACAUAUUAAACAGAAAUGUAUAAUUUUCUAAUGUAAUAUUAAAUAUUUUGCACUUGCAAAGUUUUAACAGAGUUGUGUACCUUGAACUUAUGCCUAAAUAAAGAAUGAACUGAGCCUU